AUGCGACUAUUAUUGAUUUAUCCAUUUUUUUUCUCUCUUUUCUUCAGCGUUUUCUCAUCGGAAAACAAUCUGUGCAAUCUAUUACUAUCUAUCUAUCUCUCUUGGUCUAUUCAUAUCUAUCUAUUUAUCUAUCUCUCUUGGUCUAUUCAUAUCUAUCUAUCUUGGUCUAUUCAUAUCUAUCUAUUUAUCUAUCUCUCUUGGUCUAUUCAUAUCUAUCUAUUUAUCUAUCUCUCUUGGUCUAUUCAUAUCUAUCUAUCUAUCUUGGUCUAUUCAUAUCUAUCUAUCUUAGCCAUUUCAGAUGUAUCUAUCUAUUUAUCUAUAUCUAUCUAUCUAUCUAUCUAUCUAUCUAUCUAUCUAUCUAUCUAUCUAUCUAUCUAUGUCUGUCUUACCCAUUUCAUAUCUAUCUAUCUAUCUAUCUAUCUAUCUAUCUAUCUAUCUAUCUAUGUCUGUCUCACCCAUUUCAUUAUCUAUCUAUCUAUCUAUCUAUCUAUCUAUCUAUCUAUCUAUCUAUCUAUCUAUCUAUCUAUGCCUGUCUCACCCAUUUCAUAUCUAUCUAUCUAUCUAUCUAUCUAUCUAUCUAUCUAUCUAUCUAUGUCUGUCUCACCAUUUCAUAUCUAUCUAUCUAUCUAUCUAUCUAUCUAUCUAUCUAUCUAUCUAUCUAUCUAUCUAUCUAUCUAUCUAUCUCAGUCUGCUCAUAUCUAUCUAUCUAUGUCUGUCUCACCAUUUCAUAUCUAUCUAUCUAUCUAUCUAUCUAUCUAUCUAUCUAUCUAUCUAAUCCAAUCUAAUUCUUUCUCUCUAUUUCAUUUUCGAUCUCCUUCACUUUCUAUAGAAAGGACAAACAAGAAUGAAAACCAAAAAUUGGCAUUAAGAGAACACAACCAAAAAAGCAGUGAAAAGAUUUUCAUCUAUGAACUUUCAAUAUCUAUCUAUCUAUCUAUCUAUCUAUCUAUCUAUCUAUCUAUCUAUCUAUCUGCCCCCACCUUUCUUUCUCUCUCUCUCUCUCUCUAUCUAUCUAUCUAUCUAUCUAUCUAUAUAUAUAUAUAUAUAUUUGUUGCUCCGAGUACCUCUAUUAUUAUGGGCACUACCAUCAACUUAAGAUUUGAUAAUUUCUUCAGUUUUCGAAAUCAUCAGUUUCCCUCAGCAGCCUAA